CGAACAACAGUCUUCGCAGGCAAGUUUCCUUCCUCUCUCUAACGGUUGAAAAUCCUCGAGAUCUCAUCUCGAUCCCAAUUUGUUCAAAUUGAAAUAGACAGUGAGCUUCAACUCCACUCGCUCUACCAACUCUGGAUCCAGAUUGAAGCGAAGCUUCAAUUCGCUCUCUUCAAGCCCUUCGAGUAACGGCAGUAAAAAGAAGAAGACUACUCAGAAAACCCUAGGCAUGGCUUGGGGUUCCAAUUCUCGUUCUUCCUCCCGCUCAUCCUUUCACAUUUCGCCUUUCUCCAAUCCCGCCAGGAGCGGCGAGGGUAUAUGCUCAAGCAUGGAAGACGCCUUGGGAACUAUUUUUCAAGGCAUCAUGUUACUCAUAUCAUAUGUAGUAACCUUCCAGAUAGUAAAAUCAAGAACCUGAUAUGCACAUUGCCUGGUCUUAGACAUUCAAAACUGAUCAUUUAGCUUUUCUUGAACUUCUUUAAUUUUUAUUGUUGGUAAUUUAUCCAGGUCCUUUAGUGGUGGAUUACCAGUAGUGAAACCUUCAUGGCUGAUGGAUUCUAUUACUGCAAAUAAACUGUUAAGCUGUAUGUUUUAAUCUUUGCUUGACUUUUUUUUAUUUCCUAAGCAGUUUUGAAUUGACAUCCCUUUUUCUAAUUGCCACACUUGAUUCUAUGUAAGUUGAGAAAAGAAAAGAAGGUUGAUUUCCAAAUGUUAGGGAGGGAAGUCAUUUUGAUUAGUCCUCUAUUAAUUCCAUGUACUGUAUUUUCAACUGUAGUGUUUCUGUUAUGUGGAUAAUCCUUGAAGCAUGAUCUAAGCGUAUUGAAAUUGUGAAGAAUGAGUAGCAACGGUUACGUGCAUUGAGAAAUCUUAGGAAGAUAGAUGGUCUAGCAUAUUUGAAGACUAUGUUUCUUAUUGUCUUGAUUGCUCUUUCAAAAAAAUUCUGUAUUUUCGUACAGGAGCCAUGUUAUAAACUUUGCAGUUUAUGAUGCAAUAUAGGAUUUGAUAUAAUUCAUGUUUCUUUGUGUUCUUUGCUGGCAUUCCUUACCAACUGGACCAGAUUGCUAGUGAAGCUCAUAACCAACCAAAGAUACGUGCUUGUUUUGUUUUGGAAAGCAGCCUGGUCUCCAGUGAUUUUGAAGCUUGUGUGACAGCUCAAAUAGAACCUAAAUUGGAGGAUCCUUUUGCAAAAGCUUGCACAGAUUAAGAAGACUAAUUUAUCUGAACCAUGUGGAUCCAUGCAACACUCAGAGCCAACGGGCGGGGAUGACAGCGUGGGCAAGAAUAUUGCAACAGCAGUCAGUCAGGGGCUUGUGUGCAUUGAAAGAGAAUAUAGUGAAGGGAAGUUAGAUAAAGGAAGUGAUGUUUGUAUAAUUGGUGGGAACACAGCUGAAAUUCAUAAUCAAGCUAGCCUAUCUCAACCUUAUGUUUCAGAGUGCUCUAGGCUACAUUUCAUUGGCACUUGGAGAAACCGGUACUACAAACGUUUUCCCAAUUUUAGGUUCACAAGUUCCAAUGUUACUGCUUCUACUCGAAGAACAUCCAUAAUCCACGCGGACAUGGAGUACAGGCUGGAAUGUUUCUUUGAGAUACUAAGGCUCUUUGUCCUCACCUUGUCAUCUUCCCUUACAACUUUGAAGCAUACAAGGAGGUAAAGAGUUGACAUUUAAUUUGAUUGGCAUCUAAAUUGCUUCUAUGGGAGGGGGGUUAAUGUUGUUCUUUUCCAUUUGAUGUACACCAUGUCAUUCUAUCUGGUUAGGUUUGGUGGAGUUACAGUCUUUGGAUAACUUGCAAUUGGAUGAUCAAUUUUAUAAUAUUCUACAUAAGCGUUACAAAAGAGUGCUGGUUCUGUUGUAUAUAGUCUAUGCGUCCUAGUUGUUCCAA